AUGGAAAACGACUUGAAGGAAGAACUGAAUAGAAGAAUGAGAGCAGCAUGGGCAGCAUUCGCAACCGUCAGGAAAGCUACGGACCAACUGACGGACCAGGAUCUUCGUGCCCAUCUGUUCGAUUCGACAGUCCCUCCAGCGCUCUGUUACGCAGCGGAGACGUGGGCAGACACCGCGGUCACGUCUAGGAAGCUACUUACUACCCACAGAGCCCUUGAGAGAUGUCUCCUGAAGUUUAACCGGCGCACACAACACCUAGCCAAUCUUCGUAGCUCCGACUUAAGAGGAAUAUCCCGUCUUCGCGACCUAGCGGAAUAUGUAUCGAAAGCAAAACAUAAAUGGGCCGGUCACAUCAUGAGAAGAAUCGACGAUAGAUGGACUAAAAGAACGUUUGAGUGGAUCCCAAGGGACGCUAAACGCCCCCGAGGGAGACCGCCAACGAGGAUCUCGUCACUCACGAAGCUCGAGAACAUCUUGGAUGACUAUGGCGAGGGAACGGAACGAGUGGAAGAGAUGCUGGAACCCGCACGUCCAGUGAAGACGGGCCAUCUAAGUAUCUAA